AGAUGUUUCUAUCAACAACAACGCAAAGAAUCUGCAAUGUUCGUGUGAAAUGGAACUUUGGCUCGGUAAAAAUCCGUCUUCCAGAGGCCCUAGUCUUAGAUUGGGGGCGCGCGAUACUUGAAGCGGUACGUGGUAAAGCUGAGGCUUCUUACGAAUCUCAUCAUUAUUCACCGACUGUUCAUUAUCGACCCACUACUCCAAUUCUCUUCGAAAAUGGCACUCAGACAGAUUCUACUGUCACCUUCGAUGGAAAUGUUGGCGAUAUUGCUCCAGUUCCUUCUGUGCGUGCGCCUAAGUCAGACGAUGGAAUAUUCCAACUUCUUGAUCCUGAUGAUUCCUUUGCAUAUCGUUCGGAUGAUGAAUCUCUCCAUCUGGGCCAAAUGUUUGGGAGCAAUGAUCAGAGCAUAAACACCGCCAAAGAACAAGAGAUGCAACCACAUUCUGCUGAAAAGAAGGAAGAUGUUGAUCACGAUGAGAAUGAGGAGAAAAUCGCGUUUCCUCUUGAAAAGGCGCUGUUGUUGAACUUCCCUUCAGAGAACAAAGAGCAACAGCAAGAAGACUACAUUCCUGAAAGUGCCGUCAUAAGCUCAGGUUCAUUGCGACGACGUGUCACCUUCUCAGACCUGAACACUAUCUUCGAGGCACCAGAGAAUGAAGAUCCAGUGGAAGAAGAUGAAACUUCUGAAUUGAAGCAAGACGAUGUCAUUCCUAAAAUUGGUUGCAACAACCGGAAUGAUGUGAAGGACGCAGAGGGAAUUGAGGAGCGCAGAAAGGAACACAUUGUUCAAUUGGCGCUUGAUCAAAUGCGCAUUGUUGGUCAACACGGAGUGAAGGAAACAACAACAGCUGAGGAGGUUUCCAUCAAGGAUGAGAACGGCAAAAACGCUAAUGAGGAUAUACAGCAUGAAUCUGUGGCACUGCAACCUAGUGAGCAGAUGACUAAGACCAACGAUGGUGACAAUUUCGUCUCGACGCAGCAACUGGCUCUUAAAAUGCAAUUUCCUUCACAAUCUGAGCGCUUCGAUCGAACUCGUUGUCUCUUCGAGCACGGUGCUGGAGGUGUCAACACCGAUGAGGAAGAUGAUAAAGAAAAGGACAAACAAUAGGAAGAGAAAUAAAAAUUCUCAUAAUCGUCUAUAAAUAACGUUAUUGUAUUCCCACAAUGUUCUUUCACCUGACUUAAUUUAUCCGCAUAUGUA